CUGGCCUGCUUGCACGCAUCAGUUUACCCAUCAUCAGCUGUUGUCUUCCUUUUCCUCCUGAUCCGCUAUGGGUGUUGAUAUCAGGCACAACAAAGACCGUAAGGUCCGCCGGACCGAGCCCAAAUCCCAAGAUAUCUACUUGAGACUUCUCGUCAAGUUGUACCGAUUCUUGGCUCGUCGUACGGAUGCCAAGUUUAACAAGAUCAUCCUGCGUCGUCUGUUCAUGUCCCGCAUUAAUCGUCCUCCCAUUUCGAUCGCGCGUGUGUCCAGAUUGAUGAAAUGCAAAGGCCGAGAAGGCAAGAUCGCCGUCAUCGUGGGCACUGUCACUGACGACAAGCGCAUCUUCUCCAUCCCCAAGUUGAGGAUCGCUGCUUUGCAUGUGACCGAGAAAGCCCGUGAGCGAAUUCUCAAGGCUGGCGGUGAGAUCCUGACCUUCGAUCAGCUGGCUCUCCAAGCCCCCACCGGCCUGAACACGGUGCUGAUGCAAGGUCGUCGACACGCGCGUGAGGCUAACCGCAAAUUUGGCGCCCCUGGUGUGCCCAACUCCAGUGUUAAGCCCAUGGUCCGAUCCAAGGGUAAUAAGUUCGAAAAGGCCCGUGGUCGUCGUGCCAGUACUGGUUACAAGAAGUAAGCGUUGUGAUUCGCCACUGCUUGCUUUAGCCAUCAUUCGGAGACCAACACCACCCAACAGAUUUGGCGAAUACGAUGCCCGAUGCCACCUUGGACGAUUAUUCGAGUCGCUGAAAUAUAAUCCUUUUGUUAACAGGA